GGUGUCGUGCGCAUCUGGUAGGGUAUUUUCGUUUGAGCACCAUAAGGUCUUAUUAGUUCUGUUUCUAAGGAUGCGCUAUAUUGGUGUCAUUGUUCUCUUGUUGUGCCUUGAGAUGAGUCUCUUUGUGUUCUCUUGGUGUGCCUUGAGAUUGAGUUAUCUGUGUGGUGUUAUUCCCCAGUAUUGGGGAAUGCUUUCUACUCCAUUGACCAAAACACUGAGAGACUAAAGCCAUACUUUGUGUAGACGACUCAACACUUGCUAUUACGUGUGUCCAAAGAGGGCUACACAUUUGGAUAUCCGGCCCUGGAGUGUUAACACCUCAAUGGAAUACCACUGAGACUGCUACUUCGACAUCAUUAAACAAGUUCCGCUUCUUAAGCAAUGGAAUUGAGAUGCUACAGAAGGAUCCAAGGUAUCAUAUUUAAAGACAGAUUAAAAACAGGGUUACUGCAGUAAUUGGACCCCACGAUGACCUGCUAACUAUCGUAAAAAAACGCAAGCUAAAAUAUCUCUGGCCAUAUUACAAGGUCUUCGGGGCUCGCAAAGACAUUCCUUCAGUGAACAGUACCAGGAAAAAAAAAAGAAGAGGCAGACAGAGAAAGCGAUUGGAAGACAACAUAAAAGAAUGGACAGGCCUGCCAUUGAAGGAAGUUCUAAAGCAAAAGACAGAGAGGAAUGGAAAAAGACGGUCGUCAAAUCUUGCAAGGUGCCCCAACGGUCCAACAGACUAAGGGAUAAGUCAAGAAUUGAAUAAAUAGAUGGACGUACUUGUGGAUUUAGCAGACAGUCUUAGGUUCCAGUCUGCACAUCCUCGUAAAGUCAUUAGCUGGAAUGUUAAUCAAAAAUGUGAUGUGCAAGCCUCACCGAAAGGGCUUCUUGCUAUUAUGGAGCAUUACAAGAAAUGGAAUUAGAAAGUAUAGACCACCACCUACGUAACAUAACUCCUGGGAACACGCGUAGGACGUAAUCAUCUUCUCUUUAGAAAUACUUCAAGACUUAGGACUGAAAAUAUCGAGACAUCGUUCAUCUCUUAAAGAAUGCUGACAGUAUUAGCUUGCCUGUUUGCUUUUACUAAUGUUCUUGGGGAGAAUAAGGAGACUGACCUUAUCGUUGGACCUACUACAUUAUGUUGUGAUAAAACUUCGCUUUCAGGUGUAUCUCAUAAGAGACCCCCAUUGAAGCCAGACGAUCUUGAAUCUCCCAAGGAAAUGACGUCACUAAACAGCGAAGAUGACUUUUUGUCAGUCUCUAGUGAGGUCAUAGUAGGUGAAAGUUCAUCAAUGUGCAAGCCUUGCUUUGAAAAUACCUCUUUAGACGACCAAUAUACGAACGAUAUAGAGCUGUCACAGUCUCAUGAAGCCGGAUACAGAAGGAAAUCACGUCACGAUCCUUCUUCUCCUGCUUCCCCAACUUGGACCCCAUUUUAUAAAGACAGUAAUUUCAUACCCCUGAAAACUGUCCAUCAUUCUCCACUGAUGUUUCUCAACAUGCUCCAUAGACACAAAAGGUCACGGAGUCAUCAUAGAAGGAAAAAACGCCCUCAAAACGAAUCUCAGUUUCAAGAAAAUGUCAAGCGAGUGCUCUUCCAUCAGAAGAUCCCCGACGUCGGUUAUCCUCAGGCGAACCCAGUUCAUCCCGUUGGGAGCAUAUUCCGAAAUGCUCCCAGAAAGCCUUCCCCAACAAGUAACACAGCAAAGCAUCAAACCCAGGCUUCACCAAGGAAUGCACUCAGAUCUAAGGAAACCAUCAUUGAUCUGAACCACGGAAAAACUGAGGAGGAUCCCAACUUAGCUCGGAGUACGCAUAUGUCAAAAAAAGCUGAAUGGUCAGUGGUCAGCUUAUCUGGCCAGUGGUGUUCAGUAGUGAAAAACAGAUUCCGCGAAAAUCAUAUCAAUCAAUUGAAUUGUUCGGAUCUAAACCUGACAAAUGUCCCAAUAAAUGUGCGAUUCAAGAUUCCAGAUGCCGACUCAAUAAGAAUAACUGGUACCAGCUUUUCCAAAUUUUUCAGCUUGGUGGACAAAACAAGCAAAGCUGUAUCACCCAACAUUUACCUGGAGUCAUCAAAUGUGACCGACGUGGGGAAUGUACUGGAGAUAUUUGAAAGCAGAUAUCUACUUACCCUGAACUUGUCACAGAACCAAGUGAAACGUCUUGACAAGAAGAUUUUGUCGUCUGCCCCAAAGUUAGAGUACUUGUCUGUAUCAAACAAUGAAAUCUUGGAACUUGCACCGGACACUUUUUCCGAGAACCCGAAUUUGCUUGGGAUACAUUUACAAGGGAACAAACUCACCUCCCUUCCACAGUCAAUAUUCCAGAAGAACGGUCUGUUACGAGAGAUUGCCUUGGACAAGAACCAGAUAUGGACCUUACCAAACCGGACAUUUUAUGGGUUGAAAAAUCUCAUGUACCUAUAUUUAUCCAACAAUAACUUGACUGACCAACUGUAUGUCCAUCAUGGUGUAUUCACUGGAUUAUCUGGACUAGCAUAUUUGAAUUUGAAAAAUUGUCGGAUUACUGAGCUACACGUGGACACGCUUGGUUCGAUGACAUCUCUAAAGACACUCGUUCUGGCUAAUAAUAAUUUGACGACAAUUCCUGGAGGAGCUUUUCAAAAUCUGCAUCAACUGAAAUAUUUACAUUUAGACAACAAUCAACUUGUCUCAGUAUCAAGCUCCUGGCAGCUACCGGCGUCUCUGAAGUCAUUGUAUUUGUCGGAUAACCAAAUUAUUCACAUAGAUGACUCAAUCAUCGCAUUAGAUCUCACAUUUUUCUAUCUCCAUGGCAACAAGCUGCAGACUUUAAGCACAGUGGUUCAAAUGUACUUGGCGGGAAUCAAGAAUCUAACAGUUCAUGGCAAUCCUUGGCGAUGUGACUGUGACCUGGUCUUCUUGAUUCAUCUUGUCAAGACUUCACGUGGUUUCCGUGGAGGCUACGACAAGCUGAACUCACACCACGUGACGAUGACGUGCGAGACGCCAAGUAGAGGCUCCGUGACUGAGAUCGAUGAAACCAAAGUCAAGUGCCCACCAUCGCCUGAUGAGGAGCCAGUUUGCUUUGGUCCCAAGUGUGGAGUCUGUGAGAAAGGACUGCAGAGGAUGGUCUCAGGAAAGUGUGAGUGCAUGGAAGGAACCUACUUGCAGAGUCGAAGCAUGAGUUCUUCCAGGUGUUUAGCGUGCCCGCCACAGAUGUAUAAAAAUAGUUCUGGUGACGGCCCUUGCUCGCCAUGUUCCAGCGGUUCUCUGCCUGUUUCCGGCCCUGCCCCAAUGUGCUCUUGUGCUGCGGGUUUCUACACUAACAGUGAGGGCGACUGUCAGCGUUGCCCUGAAGGUACUUACAAAAACUACGCCGGAGUUGGCUUGUGUACCGCCUGUACUUCUGAGACGUCAGACCCAUGCUGUGCUGCCAGACAAGAAGGACACGUGCAGCCUCAUAGCGUUGAAGAAGCAUCCCACAACAAUGACUUAGCGCUGCCAAUCAUUAUUGCAUCUACUGUUAUAAUAGUUCUAGGGGUCAUCCUUAUGUUUGGUCUCUUUGGUCGUAGGUACCGGGCAAGGCGUCGGCUGUUACAAAGAUAUUAUGGCAAAAUGAACACAAGGGCCAGCACGCUACACUCGCCGGCCUCGGAUGAGGUUCGAUUGUCCAGCGCCAGCACGACCAGCUCAUCGGUUGACUUCCGGUGCGGUCCGAGACACAGCCUGCGCAUUAAGGAUAUCGGCAACAUGAUUGGUCGCGGCGCGUUCGGUCAGGUGUACGAGGCCAACGCUUACAUAACGUCACACGACAAGGAACCCGUGAAGGUUGCUGUUAAAAAAUUGAAAGACUCAGCGACAGAGGAGGAAAUCAGGAACCUUCGAGACGAGUUGGAGCAAAUGUUGAACGUGGGUUCACACCCCAACAUCAUUGGCCUGUUCGGAUCCGUUUUUUAUGAAGGUCAGUGCUGUAUUAUCAUGGAGUACGCUGAGCUGGGUGACCUACUGACCUACCUGAAGACAGAAUGCGCAUUCCCUCUGCAGUACGUCCGGGUGGGCAGCGACGGCCUCAUGGUGGAGCAGAGUGCACCAAAAGUGGAAGACAACGCCAAUCUGAUGAUGUUCGCGUGGCAGAUCUCCAAAGGAAUGGGCCAUCUGGAAAUGCACAGGGUCAUCCACCGGGACCUUGCCACUAGAAAUUGUCUUCUUACCAAAGGUCCAAUCGCUAAAGUCUCAGAUUUUGGUCUUUCUAAAGACGCCUACGAGCUUGGCCAUUAUAAAAGAAUUCAAAAGGAUCGUGUGCCCUUCAAGUGGUUAAGCCCCGAGGCUCUACUCUGGGGCCAGUACAGUUCUAAAAGUGAUGUUUGGGCGUUUGGUGUUUUGUUGUGGGAAUUAUACACUUUUGGUGGUACACCUUAUCCACAAGUUACUACAGAACAGUUGAGAGAACUCCAUGAAUACGGCUACCGGAUGUCCAAACCACCAGCUUGUCCAGAUCAGUUAUACAGAAUCAUGCGAGCUUGUUGGCGAGGCGAUCCUCGACAGAGGCCAUCAUUCCGACAGCUAGAGGAAACAUUGGACCAACUCAUUCAGCAGACGAGAAACAUGGAAUAUAUCGACCUCAACGAGCAUGGCCUGAAAACAUCGAAUCCUCUGCCACUCCUUCCCGAGGACAUGAACGAUCAGGUGACAUCCCUAGACCACAUCUAUAGGCUGAAAAAGCAGUCUCUUUACCAGAACAGAUCGACAGUCCCAGAAUCCCCGGAGCUGGGCUCAUCUUAUGAGAGCAUUACCCUAGAGAGCGGAGAUGUCCUGUACGAUGAAACUUUCUCAAGGCUUGUGGCCGGAAUGUCAAAGCCUGACGAGGACAGAGAAAAUGAAAGCACGGUUACGUCAGGCUAUCUAAGCAUGAGAUCUAUGUCAGCGCAGACGAUGUAAACUGAUAGACACCAUU